AUUCUCACUAAGAUAUAUUCCUAACGCAGAACCCUCCCCCCUCCUCGCAGCGACCCCCUCAGGGAGACACAUUCCCAUGGAUGGACAGUCUCCACGGGGACGCCCUCUCCAAUCAGGAACUCUCCCCUCACCCUGAAAAUCAUUCCUAAGACAGAUGGUCUCUGAGAGGUGACGCUGCCUCUCAGAAGCCCCCUGCUGCCCCCAAGAAGAGACAUUUCCGCAGAGAAAAAUCCCCACGGGUGAACGUGGGGAGCCUAGUGAAGACACCCCCAACGGAAGACCUCCUAAAAGCCAUAUUCUUUGUGGGAAAUUGCCCCCACCCACGAGACCUCCACAUCCCGAGAAGGUACAUUCUUACAGAGUGACAUUUACAUUGAGGACACCCAUCCUCGCGGGAGAUGCUCCCAAAGAAAAACAUUUUGCAUGCCUAUAAGCCCCCCUUCCCAACCAGAGCCUCUUCAGGGAGUCCUGCAGCCCCUCUAACGACCCCCUCCCUCACCGUCAGGAUUAAGUAGCCAGGCCAGGCUGCGCUAUAUUUAUAGGGGCGAUUAGCUGGUAGUUGGGGAGGGGGGCAGCUGAAGCGAUUUUCACACACACACACACACACACACACACACACACACCACACCCGUAGUGUUCCUACAGCUGAGACCAAGCCGACUAUGCUUCCCAGAGUUGGUGCGGAAAGCGUCGGUGACCUCCCCACUCCAAGUCUAGGCUUUGGGGGGGUAGGGUGGGAAAGGGGCUUCCCAAGGGUCCUGGCCCAUAAUUGGCCAGGAAGGCCCUGGAGGGCGCGGUCACUGAAGGAAGCGACCCCUGCCGGCCAAUGAGGGCGACGGCAAGGCAAGGUCUAGGUCCAGGUGUUCCCCAGACGCUUGUUUCCUCAUCUCUGUGCCUUUGCCCGAGUUAUUUCAAUGUUUUUCUGUUUGUCGGCAUGUUUGUUUGCCAUGUUGCUGAGUCUGUUUCUCAAACUUCUCUGUCGAAGACCCAGACUCCGCUUUUGUCACCCCUUCUAAGGCUGGUUUCGUGGGAGCUCUCCGUGGUGCUGAUCUCAUGCGCUCCUGUCCACGGUGCUGAAUUCCGAGGGCAGCGUUGGGAGCUGAGGUCAGGGGAGGGAAAGGAUUGGCGAAAGGCAUAGCCCAAAGCCUGGACAUAUCUGACACACGAGCACCCUGGCCUACCCAAAAAUGGACAAGGGGAAGCUUACUCUUAUCUCAGGUGGACAUGGCCUGCAGGGGCCACACUCGACCCAGGGGCCUGCCCUGGGCCCUAAGACUGACCCUGGUGUGGAUCCUGCUGGGGUCCUGUGGAGGGAGCCGCCCACUCCCAGCUCUGUCCCGGAGACACCAUAGGCUGGCGACCGAUUUCGGCACAGUCCAGCUGCACCUUGCGGAGAUGGACACGCCAGAGGCAUCGGACCCUGGGGCGGUCCCAGAACGCUGUGGGGAGCCGAGCCCUGGGUGCGAAUCCUUCCUGGGACAUCUCCAAGCUGCCCUCCAGAGUCGCUUCCGCCUGCUGCUACUGGGGAUACGCCAGGCGCAGCCGCUCUGUUCUGAGCUCUGCGAUGUCUGGUUUGCCACCUGCGAAAGCGAUAUUACCUGCGGCCCAACUUGGCUUCCAUUCCCAGAAAAGAGGGGCUGUGAGCCUGGCUGCGCUACCUAUGAGCAGACCUUUGCCGAUGGGGCAGACCUUUGCCGCUCAGUCCUGGGCUACGUGCUGCCGGUAGCAGCUCCUGGCGCGGAUCACUGCCUCAACAUUUCCAUCUCGGUACUGCCGGGUCGCAGACACGAACGGAGGGCCCGGGAAAUCAGUUUCCCGCGGUCCCGCCGCUCCCGCACCUGGAUCCUGGAUGCUGCGGGCAGCGGGAGUGGUAGUGGAAGCGGCAGCGGCCCCUAGGGGGCGCUGGGCCUUGGAUGGAAGAUGCGUCCCUUCCCCCCACCCGGCCCAAGACACCCAGAGCGCCACCCCUCUCCCUCUCCGCUUUCUAGCUUCCAAAGUCCUGUCCCUCCUUCUGGAGUCCCAGAGACUAGCCCUUCUCCAGGUUAUUAGAGAAAUAGCCCAACUCUAGCUCAUUUUCCCCUCUUCCCCCACUGAAUAAAGUUGCCAGCUCGA